AUGAAAAGACGCUCGCUGAUAUUGGUUCUCUCGGUUUUCGGCGUUUUGUGCGAUUAUGUCAAGUUGCCCGGAAAUGAGGAAAUCGGCGGAUUGAAGUUACAAUCCGGCUAUUUGAGUGCCAAUGAGAAUGGCACUAAACGCAUGUUCUAUUUGUGAGUUGUUUUCCCAUUUUCUCCCCCAAAUUUGUUGUUUUCUGCUGGAAAUGGCUAUGCCGCACGAUGUGAGACCACUUUUGAAGUUGUAUGUGUACUGUAGAUACCUAGAUCUUUACUUUUUUGCCAUUCGAACAUCUUUUGCUUUGACCUCUCAGGGACCCGCUAAGACUCGUCUCUUCCUGUCAGGUCCUUAUUGAAAACUGCCACUUUUUCUUCUUCGUGGCUCAGCAGUUUCUUUAGAGACCGAGUACGCUAGUUUCUCGUCUUCAGAUUCCUGGAAUCUCGUGAUCUGGUCCCUUCGGAAGCUCCCCUAAUAAUCUGGUUCAACGGAGGCCCCGGAUGUUCAUCCCUCGGUGCGUUCUUCCAAGAAUUCGGACCGCUAUAUGUGAACUACGACGGAAAGACUCUCUUCGAAAACCCCGAUUCUUGGGAUCACGUGAGUCACAGAUACCGUCAUCUUUUUCCUACUCUGCCCUUCAGAAAGCCAACAUUCUGUUUCUGGAGUCGCCAAUCGGAGUCGGUUUCUCCUAUCACACCGAGGAGACAAACUACACGCGAGCCGACGAUGACACCACGGCCACAGAGAACUUUUUGGCCGUUUUGAACUUUUUCGAAGAGUGAGACAUAGUCACAGUUGCCCCCUUUAUUGUAUAAUGCGUUCAGAAAGCAUCCAGGAUAUGUAAAUCAUGACUUUUUCGUGGCCGCCGAGUCGUAUGGGGGUGUCUACGGACCGAUGCUCUCCGCGCUGAUUUCCGCGGCGAUUGCUCGGAGGGAAUUCCCGAAUGAGAACUUUAAGGGACUGAUCAUUGGGAACGGGUACAUGAACGUCAAGUUAUCGACGAACACAAUGAUUCUAUGGAGUGCCUACCAUGCGAGAACGUCUCCAGAGUAACACGACUUCGCACAGACUUUUGAUAGACAAUCAUCUUUUCAGCGAAUGGGAUGAAAUCAAAGAAGUGUGCAGGACUGAAGGCGCGAAAGAUGUGGAUGAGUACGAUUUCAUGGUGAGUAUCUAUCAAACACCGUAUUUCAUAUCACUACUUUGCAGAAGUUUAUGAACACGACGAACAAGAUGGACUACACGACGGAUAAUCGGACCGAGUGCGGCCGACUCAUCGGGCCGUUGAUCGGAGUGGCGAACAAGCCGUUGAAUUAUGAUUUCUACAAUUUCUACCACGAUUGCUACGUCAAUUUCUCGUCUCCAAACGCCACGGACCCUGUCAAAGAGGCUUUGGAGCUGGCGCCUCGCAAAGGAAUCUCUGUGAGACCACCCUGUCAUUCAUCAUAAUCUCCUCGUUCAGGCCCUUAUAAACAAGUACUCAACGGACACUCGGGCCUCGUACAGCUGCUGGAAUGACAAGGCUCUUAACGAGUAUCUCAAUUCCGACGUGGUGAAGAAGGCGUUGAAGUUGAAUGAGGAGUGGCUUGAGAGAAAUGAAACGUGGAAAGCGUGCAAGUGAGUCAUCUUGCUGAAGAUAGAAUAGAAAGGGUCAGGGUUACAGUGCUCUAAUGUAUGAUCAGUAUGUGAUGACUCAUCAGGACGUGGCGCCGUUCUUCUCCACUAUUUUCAGCAAUUAUACGGUAGGAGUACUGAACUUCCAGUAAACUUUAUGACUUUUAUAGGGUCCGGCCUUCAGGGUUCUCAUUUAUAACGGGGACCUGGACACCGCUUGCAAUUUCCUUGCGGAUGGAUAUUUCGCAAGAGAUUUGGCAAGACAGAAUAGUUUGAAAAAGGUUGGAUAUCAUCCUAGAUUUCGAUUUUUCAAAGUCACCAUUUAUUCCAGACAGUCAAGUAUGACUCGUGGCUCUACUCGGAUCAGCAGGUGCUGGCCGGCUAUUACCUCCGAUACGAAGGUGCGAACCGUCUUGGCUCCAAGUUAUCCAUCGAUGUGUUAACAGUGAAGGUGAGUAUGGAUACUGUAGCAGCGAUUACUGUACUCUCCGGUUCCAGGGCGCCGGUCACUUUGUUCCCCUCGACCGCUCGGGACCCGCCUACCAAAUGAUCAACAACUUUUUAUUCGCUCAACCCGAAAAACUGGCCAACUACUCGCUUCCUAUUCAGCUUUAA